AUGUCAGAAAACCACAAUUCUCAAUCAGGUUAUAGACCCUCGUUUCCCCCCUCAAUAACCACUAAUGAAAUAGUUAAAACGCAUUUAAAAAAAGGUCUCGGAAACACCAAUAGAACAUUAAACGCCUUUCUUAUCUAUAGACUCGCGUAUAAUCGAGAAGCUUCAGAACAUAAUCUCGGAAAUAUUUCAAAGAGGGCAA